UAUCCAGGCACCACUGCGAGAGGAGACCCCAGCCAGAUCACUUGGGCCCAACAUGUUCUGCUGUUUGCCCCUGCCCAGAGGCCGGGGCCUCAGGAGGACUCACAGGCAGAGUGUGUGGGAUUGCUGUCGACGCUGCCUCAGGGCCCCCCGAGGAGGCCUCUGGCCCUUUGCCCGAAGGAACAGGAAGAGCUUCCCUCCGGAUGCGGCCUCCGCGGGGGACACGCCGUCCACCUCCUCGAGGGAGGGGGCGGAGCCCCACCCCCCUGCCCGGGAGGCCCAGUGCAGGGUCCAGGGGAGCGCGCCCAUGGAGGGCUCAGCCCAAGGGGGAGCCAAGAGCAAGAGGGGAAGGCCCCCCCAGAAACCACCCAGGAAACACCCCGGGGCCCAGUCUCGGGCUGCUACGGGGCUCAGCACACCUGGCUCCGACCCAGAGCCCCGAGGACCCAACCCUCUGAGGCAGCACGAGGACCUGGAGCCCAGCGCGGCAGAGCACACAGCUCUAGCUCUGACCUUCCAACUCAACCAGGCUCCAUUUCCAACACCUGUCCCUACAGAGGAGGUGGCUCCACGUGUAGGACCCAGGGAUCCACUGAGGGGACAUCGAGACCUGAUCCAUCCUGUCUCAAAGACACCGGGCCAGCUGGUUACUGGCCACCACUCUGGGCAGAUCGGACCUCUGUGCCUGCAUGACCGCCAGCCCCAGGCACCGAUGUCCCAGCCCCUCAGCCCGAACGUCCACCUCCACCUGCACCUGCACCUGCACCUGCUCGGGCUUUGGCAGGAGAACCUGACUCAGGGCAUGAGUUACCACCUCUGCAGGGAGAGGCUGCCCUGGCUCCUGCUCAAGACCCAGACGCCCACGAUGACGGACCAACCACUGCAGGGAGAACGGGCCCCUGUUCUGGACAGAGACCCAGAGCCCGUUCCGGAAACACCAGGUCCAGGGGAGCCGUGGGCUCUGAAGCCGCGAUCCCUGUCUGCCCCCCGUGGAUGCCAUCACCUCGCUCCCCACCCAGGGGAGACUCAGAUCCCUUCCCUUGAGGGUCUUUUCAUUUGGCUUUUCUCUACCUAUGUUGUGCUAUUUUAUUUGUUGUAUGGUGUUCUGUAUUUUUUUGGCUUCAGUUUUAAUAAAUAA